CAAUCUUCGUCCUCAUCUUCGUCCCCUCCGCAAUUGCUCCCUCUCUACAGCCAUGCUUUCACGAUCCUUGUGGGCGCGCAAUGCCGCGUCGCUCAGGCCGCAUGCUGAAAAUAUUCCCCAGGAGGAUGACAAGCCAUUCACAGUCAGACUCUCCGAUGAGAGUUUCGAGACAUACGAGCUCGACCCACCCCCAUACACCCUGCAGACGACCAAGAAGGAGCUGAAGCAGAUGUACUAUGAUAUGGUUGCGAUUAGACGGAUGGAGAUGGCCGCCGACCGUUUGUACAAAGAGAAGAAGAUCCGCGGUUUCUGCCACUUGUCGACUGGCCAAGAAGCCGUUGCUGUCGGUAUCGAACACGCCAUUACCCCUCAGGAUAAGCUCAUUACGGCGUACCGUUGCCACGGUUUCGCAUUGAUGCGUGGUGGUACCGUUAAGUCUAUCAUUGGAGAGCUCUUGGGUCGCCGUGAAGGUAUCGCUUACGGCAAGGGAGGUUCCAUGCAUAUGUUUGCUCCUAACUUCUACGGUGGAAACGGUAUUGUUGGUGCCCAAGUUCCUGUCGGUGCUGGUCUUGCAUUCGCUCAGCAGUACACGGGGGAGAAGACAUGCUCUAUCGCCCUCUACGGUGAUGGCGCCUCCAACCAGGGUCAGGUUUUCGAAGCCUACAACAUGGCCAAGCUUUGGAACUUGCCAGUCCUUUUCGGCUGCGAGAACAACAAGUACGGUAUGGGUACCUCUGCUGCCCGUUCCUCUGCUCUCACCGAUUACUACAAGCGUGGACAGUACAUCCCCGGUAUUAAGGUCAACGGUAUGGACGUCCUGGCCAUCAAGGCUGCUGUCCAGUACGGCCGUGAAUACGCUACUUCCGGCAAGGGUCCUCUCGUUUAUGAAUAUGUCACCUACCGAUAUGGUGGCCACUCCAUGUCCGACCCGGGUACCACAUACCGUAGCCGUGAGGAAAUCCAGCGCAUGCGCAGCACUCAUGACGCUAUUGCCGGUCUCAAGCAGAAACUUCUUGACUGGUCCGUCGUUUCCGAGGAGGAGCUCAAGGCCAUUGACAAGGAGGCUCGUUCUUUCGUUGACGAGGAAGUCGCUGUGGCCGAAAAGAUGGACGCCCCAGAGCCCAACAGCCGCAUUCUCUACGAGGACAUCUUCGUCCGUGGCAGCGAACCUGCCUGGAUGAGAGGCCGCACCGUUGACGAGACCUUUUACUACUAGACCUCUUCCUUUUCCUCCGUUAAUUCAGUUGGAGAAUGACGCGAAAAAGCAAAACCGUGUAAGAACAAACUUUCAUCGGGAUGGAGCGUAUUAUUAGACUGAAGCUCCUACGACCGCCUUUUUUUUUUCCUCUUCUCUUUUCUGUCUAUCUUGUUCUUUUGAAUAUCCGAUACGUGUAAUUUAGCCCAACGCAUACACUCAUACAAAUUUCUGAAGAUUAUGAACCCUUCCACACGAUUAGAAUUUUCAUAUAAUUUU